UUGAGCUUAUUGAGAUCGCAAAUAAAUGGUGUCAAAGAUAUUCUUAUGAGACAUCUCUGGAAUUUUUACAAAGUAUUACUAUCUCGACACUUGUUGGUAACGAAUACAGCUACAAGUUGUGCUCAAAUAGGUGUUGCUGAUGUUUUACAACAAUGUAUAAACGGUGAUAUGAAGGUAAAUGGAUGGGAUUGGAGAAGAACAGUUCGUAUGUCAGCUGUUGGCCUAGUGGUGGCUCCCAUGCUUCACGGCUUCUAUCGGGUUCUUGAUUCUCGUCGAUUUCGUGGCUCUUAUAACAUCGUUGUUAUGAAGAAAUUAUUUUGGGAUACAUCCUUCAUUCCUAUCUUUUCUUGUACUUUUUUUGUUGUCGCGGGUCUCAUAGAAGGUAAUGGAUAUCGUAGAGCGUUUUAUGAAUAUCACGAUAAGAUGUGGCAUAUAUGGAAGGUAGAUUUUGCUAUUUGGCCUCCAGCUCAGCUUCUUAAUUUCUAUUUUUUGCCCAAUUCGAUUCGAGUCAUAUACGUGAAUGUAGUUAGUCUCAUCUAUAACUGCAUGCUAUCCUUCAUCAAGCACAAUGAUGUCCAUGUGAUAGAAAAGAAAAUAUAA